UCAUGGAGAACCUGCUUAAUCUGAGUUCUGUGCUUUGCGGUGUGUUUUCUGCAAGUUAUUUCAUCCUAACUUUUAGUUUGCUGCCUUGACUAAUUUUUUUAGUUGUGUUCAAUUUUUGGAAAAUGAUAUUGGAUUUUCUAGGCAGUGUGCAUGGGACAGUGAAUAAGUUGCGUGGAAGUCAGAAGGGCAGGCUGGGAGAGAGCCAGGAACAUGCUGAAGGAGCUGCAACUCUCGCUGCUGGUCGUUCUGCUGCUGGCCUGCGGUGUCCUCUACCAGUUCUCCCUGAAGUCCAGCUGCUUCUUCUGCCUGCCUUCCUCCACGUCGAAGCAGGGACCUGAAGCCCUUUUGAGCACUGGGCGCAGCAUUGUAUUCCUGGAGACCUCAGAGAGGACAGAGCCUUCCUCACUGGCCUCUUGUGCAGUGGAGUCAGCUUCCAGGAUUUACCCAACCCAGCCGGUGCUCUUCUUUAUGAAGGGGCUCAAUGAUUCCAUGCAGCGGUCGCCAAACUCCACGCACCGCGCCUUUGCCCUUCUCUCAGCUAUCAGCAAUGUUUUCCUUUUCCCUUUGGACAUGAAAACACUAUUUGAAGACACGCCGUUGUUUUCAUGGUACAUGCACGUCAAUAUCAGCACACAGAGCAACUGGCUUCAUGUCAGCUCAGAUGCAGCUCGCCUGGCCAUCAUCUGGAAGUAUGGGGGUAUCUACAUGGACACUGAUGUCAUUUCCAUCAGACUUAUUCCUGAAGAGAAUUUUCUGGCUGCCCAGUCUUCUAAAUUCUCCAGCAAUGGAGUUUUCGGAUUUGUCCCCCACCACCCCUUCCUGUGGGCAUGCAUGGAAAACUUUGUGGAACACUAUGACUCAGAAGUCUGGGGAAAACAGGGUCCUGAUUUGAUGUCAAGGAUGUUGAGAGUAUGGUGCAAACUUGGAGAUUUCCAGGAAGUGAGUGAUCUGAAGUGUUCAAACUUGUCUUUCCUACACCCUCAAAGAUUUUACCCCAUCUCCUAUCCAGAGUGGAAGCGUUACUAUGAAGUCUGGGACAAAGAGCCAGACUUCAAUGUCUCCUAUGCUCUGCAUCUGUGGAACUACAUGAAUAAGGAGGGUCGAACUGUGGUUAGAGGAAGCAACACUCUGGUGGAAAAUCUCUACCGGAAGUAUUGUCCCCAUACUUACAGAGAUCUUAUUCAAGGCCCAGAAGAGCAAGUGACCAGGAAUCAGGGUCCAAGUAACAAAUAGAGCCAACAUUUUGGGUUCUCCCCUUUCUCCAAAGAUGUGGGGGUUUACUAAUCCAGUUCAGA